UUGUUUUUAAGGCGGGGGGAGAAAUUUCCAGGUAAUAAAAGGGUGAAAAAACGGCCCCCAAAAGCACCAAAGGAUUAUACCCAGACAACGGUGGCUAGGGUUAACAGGAUCUGAGACUAUGGAGGAGAUUGUAGAGUUCAUCGAAGACAUAGAUGGAGCAGAAGGUUGCGAGUUCUAUCUUAACGAUGGUAGAGUGGCAGUAAAUGAUGUUCUCCAGGAGUUCUUGGCUGUUUCUAUCAUUGUGAAGCUCAAUGGGCAAGGCAGGGUCAGGUGGAGACGUCUACAGGCAGGGGAAGACGGCCUGAGCAGGUCUACGUAUCUGCCUGGAUCUUCUCAUACUAUUCGGGCAACGAGGGCUCCUACACCGACCCUGCCGAUAACCCUUCAAGCUGCGCCAGUGUCGAGGUUGCUGGAUGUAUACACAAAACAACUGGAGGAUGCAAGGUUUUUUCACGGGAUGCCGGCGAGGAGGGUGCCAGGCUGCAAGGUGCCGCUUCUGGACAACGGUGGGCAGCCGUGUUUACAUACGGACUUGGGAGAUUAUUUUACUUUGGUCGGAAGGGAGGAGAUGAUUCAGCAUCUUAUGGCUGCCACUGCACGGGUCUUUGCAACUUUCAUGAACAAGACGGCCAGUGCCUCAGAUAUUGAACGAAAAGAGUUCUUGUUGAUGGUCAUCGGAUUUCCCGGAGCAGGUAAAACAACUGUCGGGACAUGUCUCUCAGCUCUUUUCAGAGAAGCGUGGGAGAGGGACACAAAAACAGGGACUAUAGAUGCCAUUCUCGGCGACCAGCUAGGUUACAGUGGGCUUGCCACUCAGUUCAAGGAAGUGGUGAACAACGUGUUGGAGACUGGCAAAGAUCUUAGUAUGUACCAUUCGGUUGAAACGACCAUGGCGGGGGGUGCACUUCUGCUCGAGAACGGCCUGGAAGGCGCACAGGUUUUGGCCCUUCGGUCCUUGCAUGCAGCACUUAGUCCAAUGAAUACGACUGCAUAUGGUGAUUUUCUCAAGGAGUUGGAUGACAAAUUUCCGGGCCUGAGGAAUGUGCUGACUUUCAGAGAUGUGAUCGACUUCAUUCGAACUGGUCUUAAGGUUCCUGCCGACAAGCGAAUUUUUCUAUCUUGGUUUUUUGAUGGAGGCCUCCGAGCUGCAUCGUCCUGGAUUCAUGAAGCUUUCUCGGCCUAUGUUCGACAUAUCAAAGGUAACCGAGGUGGCCUGACGUUUCCUGUACUUACAGUAGCAACGACCCGAUUUUCUGGGGCCACAAUGCGUUACACAUCAACGGAGAAGGCAACAAGUAUUUUUAUACCUAUUAGGCCUUUGAAUGAGGAGGAGGUGGUAAAUGUAACGACAAUCUUCCUUUCAAGACUAGGAAAUACUCUCGGCAUGGAGAGACCAUUUGAGUUGAAGGACGGACUAAGGAAUCUGAUAAAGUUAGCAGGAGGUAAUCCUAGGAUGCUUGAUCACCUUUUGAGAGGGUUGAUGCCCGAGCACCCUCAUCUCGAUGCUGCGAAGUUCUAUGAGAAGGUGAAUCAAGAUCUCACCCAAACCGAUCUCCGUGAUACAAUAAGGAACGCGUGGAGUACUAUCAAACGCGGUUAUUAUUUUCACUACCUUGUGGACAAGAGGUAUUUGUUGGUGCUACGAGCUCUUUAUGUUGCGCUGCUGGGGACCCUGAUCAGUCGGGACGAACUGGUCUGGCCAGGUAGCAGAUACAAAGAUAAGUGGGGAUUUUUAGAGUCUUGCGGUUUAGUUGCACUCUUACGCAACGAGGAGCCGUCACCCAAUAAGCACAUAAACUUAUCGAAACAGGAAGACACGAAGAAUGGAAUGCGCUCUUUUUCCGUCAUGUUCUCUCCACUCCUUAUUUACCAUCUUGUCGAGAACCUACAUGUGGCGGAGCUGAAACAUUUAUGGCCUCCUAUACUGGAUUCUAAUCCCAAGGUUAAGGAGGUAUCAGACCUUAUGUGCAUUGUCUUCAUGAUAUACAUGGGUAAGCUUUUUCAUGAUCGCGAGAAGAAGGACACGGUGUUUGAGUUCACACUCAAAGACAUUCUCCCCUCAAAUUUCCGCGUUCCUGCACGUAUGCAGGCUUUGAAGUUCCAGUUGCCAGCUGGUGCAACGUUUGGACCUCCGAAACGUCAGCCCCAUCAGAUAGAUACAGCAGACGUAUUUCAGGCCUUUCUAAGAGAGGACAGGCAGCAGUUUUAUUGGGUUGGCAACCAUGGACCUGAUAGCUUCAUCCAUCUGCAGCUGGUGGAUCUUCAGAACAAGCUGCAGGACUUCUUUUUAUUUAUUGAGAGCAAACGCGCGGAUGUUUAUGAAGGACAGCAAGCCAAGUGGGAAGAAGACUUUCUGAAGAAGAUAUGGACGAUGGAGCAAUGGAUGCCAGAUGGGAAUUACGCCAUGGUUUUUAUGACCGAUCAAGCAGUGUAUAACGUGAUUUCCAAAGUCAAAAGUUCCAACAGGAUGGUUGUGCCAAAGGUUGAUAAAGGUCAACACUUGUAUCCACAGCAGAGUCCAUUUGGUUUAUUCAGUGCUGUGAGGCACACACCGAUGCUAGCUGCUGCAAGUUUUGAUCCGGACUACGAACCUAGUAAUGAGGAUAAUGAGAGUGGUGAUGAGGAAGAUGACUGUGGUGAUGAGGGUGAUGAGGAAGAUGACUCUGGUGAUGAGGGUUGUGAUGAGGAUGAUAAUGAGUUUAGCCUACUCUAAAAAUUCCUGAAUGAGAAUCAAGAAAACUCUCUAUGACUCCA